GGUUAAAGAAGGAUUUUUAAGCCUUGAGACAUGGAUUGGUUAUUACCACAAUCUCAGACAUGAAAUGCUAAUAGCAUAAUCUAUCUCUAUUAGAUUCUAAUAGUGGAUAUACACUUAAAGCUAUUACAAAACUGCACACUGUUUAAAUAUGUUGUUUUUUGACAGUAAAAUAAAGGUUUGCAGCCAUAUAAUUAUCUGUAUGACAGAGAAAUCAUUUUUAACUUGCCUAAACUGGAUCAUUGGCUGUUUUACUAUGAUAGAUAAACUGGCGCUCAAGGUUCAUGAAAGGUUGAGGGAUUUUUUUCUAUUGAAUGCACACAAAACAAUGAUUUURAACAGGCGAACUCAACGGUCCUCUGUUUCCUGCCUGUAGCUGGGUCCUGUAUGGAAGCCCGUGCAAGGCUGUCCCGGAGACCCCGCGCUGCCUGCACCUCUAUCGUCUCGGUUGACAUGGACGAUGAAGAUGGCAGGUGCCUGCUAGAUGUCAUUUGUGACCCAGAAGCACUCAACGAUUUUCUUCAUGGAUCAGAGAUACAUCUGGACACUGACGACCUUUUGGAUGGCUCUAACGACCCCUCCAGCUCGUUCUUCUCUUCUGUUGGGUGCCACGUUCCAGAGGGACCACCCCCAGUCCAGCUGUCGUCCAAUGAGCAGCAAGGCCUGCCCCGGGUCAGCGUGGACCUGGACUUCCUGGAAGAUGACGUCAUCCUGGGCGGGUCGCCGGGCGACGACGGUAGCAACGGCAUCGGAGGCAACGCCAUGGUGCCAUGUGACAUUCUGCAACAGAGCCUGGCGGAGGCUAACAUUACAGAGCAGAGCCUGCAGGAGGCCGAGGCAGAGCUGGACCUGGGCUCCUUCGACCUCACCAUGCCAGGCCUGACUCAGGUGGUCCAGACCCUGCCCUGUACAGACAGCCUGACUGGGCCUGGAGGGACCGCUGUGGGGGUGGGGCUCCCCAUCUUCCCUGGAGCUCCAGACUCCUCCGCCACCCCUCCCCAGGCCACAGCUGACAUGCUGGGCUCGGUGCUGACCCAACAGGGCCUGGAGUUUGGGCCCCAGGUCAUGAACAAGGCCCAGGCCAUCAGUAUGCAGCCGUUCAUGCAGCAGGUGGCAGGCCUGGGUAACGUCACCCUUCAGCCAAUCACCUCCCUUCAGGCUCUACCUAACGGCUGUCAGUCAGGACACCUGGGACUGGGACAGAUACAGGUGAUGGGCCAGCCCACCGUGAUGACUAUGAACCAAUCAGGACAGCCCAUCCUGGCCAAAGGUAUGGGAGGAUACCAGCUGCACCAGCCUGGCCCCGAGGCACAGGUGGCUGGUGGGCAGGGCGGACUGGGAGGGGGACUUCUGAUCCAAGGGGGCAAAGCCACUCUGGGACCUCCUGCUUUAAACGGACCAACGGUGUGUGGUGGCAGCGGUACCACAGGAACCUUGGUUGGGUUCAGUAGCCCCGGACUGGCACAACACGGGCAAAACCAUCCCCAAGGACAGAUCAUGCAGAACCUGAUCAUCCAGCGGACCCCGACUCCCAUCCAGCCCAAACCCCCUCAAGGGGGCGCGGCCAUCCAGCCCAAACUGUUUAAGCAGCAGCAGGCCCAGCCCCACGCCUUCCAGAACGAUUCCAACAAGCCUCUUGGGGGUCAGGUACCUGUCUCCGCUGCCCAGAAUGUAACCUUCCUGACAGGCAAGCCUGGCUCUAACGUGGUCCUGACCUCCCAGGCAGGGGUUUCCCAGCAGGCACUGUUCAAACAGCAGACAGCUCACCACCCCUCUGGGAAAGCGCUCAGUGUCCAUCUGCUCAACCAGCCCGGCAGCAUCAUGCUGGGGGGGCAGAACCACCAGUUCCUCUUGCCGCAGCAGCUAGCCGGGGGUCAGAUCCUCACGCAGCACCCUGGGGGCCACAUCAUCACCUCCCAGGGGCCUGGGGGCCAGCUGAUAGCCAAUCAGAUCCUGGCUCAGCACCAGAACAUCAACCUGGGCCAGGUGUUGAUGUCUCAGGGCCACAUCCAUCUGCAGCCGGGUCAGAUGGGGGUUGGACAUCAGCUUUUCCAGAUGCCUGUUACCCUCUCGCAGAGCCAGACCCACCCGGUCACGGGCCACCAGGCCCACCCGGUCACGGGCCACCAGGCCCACACGGUGAUCCAGGGCAUGCCCCUGCAGAACUCCCUGGCCAUGCUGAGCCAGGUGGAGGGGGUGAGUCCCGCUGUCAGUCUGCAGCCCGCUCUGCAACCGCAGCCGGGGGGCGUUCCCAGCAGCGGGAUGGGCGGGGCGGCUGCCAUGGCACAGGGCCAGCCUGGGGAGAGUGGGAGCUGUACAGACCAGGCAGCCCAUCCUGGACAACCCCCACAGCACUCUUCCAUCCUCUCUAUGCAGACUGGGCCCUCUGUCUCUGUCCCCUCCUCUUCUCCAUCCUUAUCUGUGUCCACCACGUCAGCCCAGCAGCAGCACAGCCCUGGGAGCAGGGUGCUCUUCACAGGGCCUCAAGGCUCCAGCAUGAUCCUCAGCCAGGAACACCUUCAGAUGUUCCUUCAGCAGGUCAGUAUGGCCCAGCUUCUACCUCACCUC